AAUUGACGUUUGCUAAUGCUAAACGUCAAAAUCGACAAUAUCAAAGAGUGUACGAGUGGAAAGGAAAGCGAAAAUAAACUAAAAUUUGCGUAUAUCUAGUAGUAACGCAAUAAAAAAGCAGUGGUUGGUUGUAAAUGUUAAUUAUUAAUAUUGUGCUCAAUCAGAAUUUGAAUCCAAAAUGUCGGUGCCUCCACAGGCGUUUGUAAACAAAAACAAAAAACAUUUCCUGGGCAUCCCCGCGCCCUUAGGUUAUGUUGCUGGUGUUGGUCGAGGAGCGACUGGUUUCACCACACGAUCAGAUAUCGGUCCUGCCAGAGAUGCCAACGAUGUCUCUGAUGAUCGUCAUGCCCCUCCUGCAGCCAAACGCAAGAAAACUGAGGAGGAAGAUGAUGAUGAGGAUUUGAAUGACUCCAACUAUGAUGAAUUCUCAGGAUACAGUGGAUCUUUGUUUUCUAAGGACCCAUAUGACAAGGAUGAUGCUGAAGCCGAUGCUAUUUAUGAGUCUAUUGACAAGAGAAUGGAUGAGAAGAGGAAGGAAUACAGAGAGAAACGGCUCAAAGAAGAUUUGGAGAGAUACCGUCAAGAGAGACCAAAAAUUCAACAACAGUUCUCAGAUUUGAAACGAGAAUUGAAAUCAGUGUCCGAGGAUGAAUGGUCAGCUAUUCCUGAAGUGGGUGAUGCACGUAACAGGAAACAGAGGAACCCUAGAGCAGAGAAGUUCACUCCAUUGCCUGACAGUGUAUUGUCCAGGAAUUUGGGCGGAGAAUCAUCUUCGUCCAUCGACCCUGGAUCUGGUCUUGCGUCAAUGAUGCCUGGAGUUAUGACUCCUGGAAUGUUGACUCCAUCUGGUGACCUGGAUUUGAGAAAGAUAGGUCAAGCAAGAAACACUUUGAUGACAGUGAAACUGUCACAAGUAUCGGACUCGGUGACUGGACAAACUGUGGUGGAUCCGAAGGGAUAUCUGACAGACUUGCAAUCCAUGAUACCUACUUAUGGUGGUGAUAUUAAUGAUAUUAAGAAGGCCAGGUUGUUGCUGAAGUCUGUUAGAGAGACGAAUCCAAACCAUCCGCCUGCUUGGAUUGCUAGUGCCAGGUUGGAAGAAGUUACAGGCAAAGUCCAAUCAGCCCGUAAUUUGAUAAUGAAGGGUUGUGAAGUGAACCCGAGCAGUGAGGAGUUGUGGCUGGAAGCGGCGCGACUACAACCGAGGGACACGGCGCGCGCUGUCAUCGCUCAUGCUGCGAGGAACCUGCCUCACAGUGUCAGGAUAUGGGUCAAGGCUGCUGAUUUGGAACAGGAGACUAAGGCAAAACGCAGAGUAUACCGCAAAGCCCUAGAGCACAUACCCAACUCAGUUCGUUUAUGGAAGGCUGCAGUCGAGUUGGAAAACCCAGAGGAUGCUCGGAUUCUAUUGUCCAGAGCCGUGGAGUGUUGCCAUACUAGUGUCGAACUGUGGCUCGCGUUGGCAAGACUGGAAACUUACGAGAAUGCAAGGAAAGUACUCAAUAAAGCUCGUGAGAAUAUACCUACUGAUAGACAGAUUUGGGUAACUGCUGCCAAGCUUGAAGAAGCACAUGGCAAUACACAUAUGGUGGAGAAGAUUAUAGAUCGUGCGAUCACCUCGCUGAGCGCGAACGGUGUGGAGAUCAACCGCGAGCAUUGGUUCAAGGAAGCCAUGGAAGCUGAGAAGUCUGGAGCGGUACAUACUUGCCAGGCCAUCAUACGUGCGGUGAUCGGACACGGCAUUGAACCUGAAGAUCAAAAACACACGUGGAUGGAAGACGCUGAAGCAUGUGCAAACGAAGGCGCGUACGAGUGCGCUCGCGCAGUGUACGGGUACGCUCUAUCAGUGUUUCCGUCCAAGAAAUCAAUAUGGCUGCGGGCGGCCUACUUGGAGAAGCAACAUGGCACCCGCGCCAGCUUGGAGGCACUACUACAGCGAGCCGUGGCUCAUUGUCCCAAGUCUGAGGUGCUGUGGCUGAUGGGAGCCAAGUCUAAGUGGUUGGCAGGCGACGUACCAGCGGCCCGAGGUAUCCUGUCCCUGGCCUUCCAAGCCAACCCCAACUCUGAAGAGAUCUGGUUGGCUGCCGUCAAGCUGGAGAGUGAGAACAAAGAGUAUGACAGAGCGAGACGACUGCUGUCUAAAGCACGUGCCUCUGCGCCGACGCCGAGGGUGAUGAUAAAGUCCGCUAAACUAGAAUGGGCAUUAAACAACUUGGAUGUGGCGCUGAAACUUCUAGAGGAAGCUAUCAAAGUGUUUGGUGACUACGCCAAGCUACACAUGAUGAAGGGACAGAUUGAGGAGCAGAUGAACAAGGAUGAAGAGGCACGCAAUACUUACUCACAAGGGCUCAAGAAAUGUGCAACAAGUGUGCCCAUGUGGAUCUUAUUGUCGAGACUUGAAGAAAAACUAAAGAAUGUCACCAAAGCCAGAUCAGUGUUGGAGAAAGCCAGGCUUCGGAAUCCUAAGACAGCUGAAUUAUGGUUAGAGAGUGUAAGACUGGAGAGAAGGAACGGCAGCGCGGAGAUAGCCAACGCAGUGAUGGCCAAAGCACUGCAGGAGUGUCCUAACGCCGGCCGACUGUGGGCUGAAGCCAUAUUCAUGGAGUCACGGCCACAGAGGAAAACUAAGAGCGUGGACGCGCUGAAGAAGUGCGAGCACGACGCGCACGUGCUGCUGGCCGUGUCGCAGCUGUUCUGGACCGAGCGGAAACUCAACAAGUGCCGGGAGUGGUUCAAUAGGACGGUGAAAAUCGACCCGGACCUAGGUGACGCUUGGGCCUACUUCUACAAAUUCGAGUUACUGCACGGGAAUGAACAGCAACAAGAGGACGUGAAGUCUCGCUGCAAGGCCGCUGAGCCGCACCACGGCGAGGCCUGGUGUAAGGUCUCCAAGGACAUCGCCAACUGGUGCUUCAGCACUGAACAGGUCCUACUGCUCGUCGCCAAGAAUUUACCCGUACCCACGUGAAGAGUUACGUUAGUGUUUUAAGAUUAAGACAAUGCUGUGCUAAGUAAGUGUUUCUAGACAUUUUUUUCCAAAGUGUGGCUAACUUAACGAUGGUUUUGAGAUAUGUAAAGAUAAAUAAUUUAUUUAGAUCAAAUCUAAAAUAGAAUGAGAGCACGUUUUUCAAAAUGAAUAUUUUUUGUUGUCCUUUGUCACACAAAAACACCAAACUGCUAAACUUGAAAUAAAUAAAGAUCCGAAUAAGUGUAGCAAUUGAGGAGAGUUUAUGCUUCCUAACGUACUAGCGGUUGUUUUUUAUUUCAACAUAAAAUAACAAAGAUAAUUUUUAAUUAAAACAACAAACAAAACAAUAGUAAAAAGAAAAAGUAGAGUAUAUUCAAGAAUGAAAUAAUGUAUCCUUAGUACGAGUUUGCUUUACGUUUAAACGAACUCGCUACGCCCUCUGCAUGGUAAAAAUGUCAGAGGUUCGAUUCCUACGUGGAAGAUUUUUGAUGUUUUUGGUCCGAGUACUAGUAUGAUGUGUGAUAUGAAAGUAAUCGAAAGUUUGACAAUUUUUAGUACGGAAGAAUUAUAAAAAAAGAAAACGAAAUUAUUCUUCCGAUAAAAUCUGGCGUUGGAAAAUCAGUCCUAAGUUAAUUAUUAUAAUGUUUUAGUCAAAUCAACUAAGUGAUUAUAUUAAGUAUCUGAUUUAAGUUUUUUCAUCAAAGAAUGCAGUAACGCUUGUAAUUAUUAAGAAUUGGUUUCGUUAGCCACACUUUUAAUAGAAUAAAUGUAGCUAGAACGUAGUAGUUUUCAUUCAUAUUGAUAAAAUGUUUUUUAAACCUAAUGUACAAUUUUGGUGUUACCCAUGUAGUCUGAAAAAUACCUAAAUAUCCACUUUAAAAAUUUUAAACAGAUCAAAAAUAUAUUUCUCAUUUAAAACAUGUAUUUACCAUAGUUUUGUGACUUCUGAUGAGAUAAAUAUAUUUAAUUAAUAAAAUA